UUCUACCUGGUUAGCUUCCUUAGGAGCAUAUACGAAAUAGCCCUUCACCCUUUCAAAACCUUCGUCAAAUCUUCGAAUGCUAUUCGCGACAUCAUGGGACGGCAAUUAUAGCGAAACGGUCCCUAGGGACAAAUACCACAAAUCUUCUUGUUGGGGACUUGGUCUGCAUUCUGUAGCCUCCGAAAUAUUCGACGAAAACAUUAAACAAAAUUCUUUAAACUAGCCACAUUUCCACCAUAAAUACCGCAUUUUACGAAAUUAAGACAGCAAGCUGAUUUCGAACCGCGCAAAGUUCCUAUCGUAUAUACGAAACUACAGUUGCUAUCACCAUCAGUAUGGCGAACGAUUUAGUUCACGACUCGACCGGCGCGAAUAUGCUGGCUUUCGCCGCGCGUGGGGCGGGCAUGCAACAUGUACCGGAAGACGAGGCUGCGGCUGAAGUCGACGAACCUCCCGAUAAUAGACGUUCACGUCCGGAGACCCAAUUUAAGCGGAGUGUCAUACGAAAAACAACGGACAAUUCCGAAUCUCUUCUAACGAAAGCCCUUCAUUCAGAGGAGGACACUAUUAAUUUGAGUUUCGACUCAUCACGGCGACGUUCAAUGAAUAGCAACGUCAGCCUUGCAUCUACUGCCGACCUUACCAGCGACACUGGCUUUACAAGCCCCGCGCGCACAAACACACCAAGUCCGCCGCCACCUGUAAUAUCAUUUCCACGGUUGAACACGGACCUAUAUUUCGAUGCGAAAUCCAAAUUUACUCCACAUCGCAACCCCCAACAACCCAUGCACGUGGCCGCUUUGAGUAAGCCAGUGGGAAGCAAUGGGUUGCCAAAGGAUCCUACAGUAGAAGCUUUGACCAAAAAGCGCUGCAUUUCAUUCGCGUGUGGACAGAAAUCUGAUACUACGAAGCCACCAUCUCUGCAGUCAGUUGAGUCUAAGCCACCAGUAAACGAGAAGCCGCAGAGGAAAUCUUGCAUAAAAUUUGCAUGUCCUGCAAAGCUAGCUCCUCGGACACCGCCGACGCAAGAUACGCAGCAGUCCGUACUCACGUCAGCCAUUGCAUCAUUGAAGGAAAGCAAUGGCUCUCCUGUUACUGUGCGUAAGCUUCGGUCGUCUUCCGCUACACGCGGGCGGUCGCUUAGGUCAUUAACCCCGCGACCGUCAUCACGAAGCCCAAUGCCGGUUCCGUCAGCCAAGUAUUUGACUGCGAACCCAAAUGAUUUGAAUAGCGAGUCUUCUCGUUUUCAUGAGUUUGCUAGUGACGAGCCGCAAGAGGAGGAUUGGAUCCGCCUGAAUCUUCCGCCACCUGGCCGUCGAUUAACUAUUGACGAUACACUUAAGAAGGAAAAUGAGAUUCGGCGGUUAGGAAAAGAAGCCGAAGAGGAAGAAUUGGAAGAGGAGGAAGAUGAAGAGGCGGAUGAGCUAAACGAUGACGAGGAUGAAGAGGAUGAAGUCGACCUUCCGGAUGAGAUCAUGGAGGAAGAUGAGAUAGACGACGGAUACGAGGUCGACAACCAGUCGGGCUAUGGAUCUGAUGAUGACGACUUUUCGGAUGGUUACAAUACCGAUAACGAAAUCGGAUUUGCUGAUUCAGAUGAUGAUGAUGAUGAUGAUGGCGGGAAUCUGGAUUUGUGGACUCCUAGUCGUGGUCCGGUUCAAAACUCUGGAAAUACGCCUAUCUUCCGGCGAUUAUCUAUCUCAGGUAACCGGUCUGAUUCAUCAUCGUCUUCCGAUAUGCCCAAUCCCCUGACCAGGACACGAGAGAAGCCUCGUCGGAUUAAGAUGCGACCUGGUACACCAGAGUUGCCCGAUAGUACCGAUUUCGUUUGUGGUACGCUAGAUGAGGACCGUCCGUUAGAGGAUGCUUACAUCUCGUGUAUAGCCGCGAGGCGACGCGAGAAGCUUCAUCCAAUCCCUCAAGAUAUCGACCCAAGCUUCCCAACGUCCGAGCCGGAAGACGAAGAUAUUGAACUCGAUAUCCCUGUCCGCGAGAGUGAUGGUCACCUAUCUGAGGACCCGUAUGACAUUGAGAAUGGUGCUGAGCGACGAAGAAAGAAGAUCGACCAGAUAUCGCCUCGACGAUAUCAUUCUCCUCCCCCUAAGCGUCACCACUCACCCCCAAAGCCACGAGGCCGAUCGCCCAAGCGUCUUUUCGACGGGUGUUCACCUCGUCGACUCGUCUCGCCGGCUCCAGGCCCUGUAGUACAAUCCCCUCCGUCAUCGCUAGUUCACGAUGCGAACGGUGGAAGGCAUGAAUUCAAGAGUCUUGCUUUUCGGCCUGGAUUGACGCAUACCAAGUCACUCCCACGAGCUCCUGCAAUGUUCCCGCAUCAUCUCAAGGGCCAUCGUCGACCGGGCAAGUCUUCGGGCACUACAACGAAACGUCACGUACGAGGUGCGAUUGACAUUGUCAAAGGCCUCGAGCAGAAGCGCCAGCGCCGGAAAGAGAAAUUUAAGGAGAAGUAUUUCCAGAAACACUGCAACAAGGCGCGAAAAGGUCAGGUUAUUGAGAAGAAGCCUCAGCCUGGCCAAGGCGCCGAGAGGAUGCGAGAGAUCGGAUUACUCAUGGCUGGGAAGUUAGGCCCGGACCAGUUCGUCCUGUCCAUCUAGUGGAGGCUUUGUUACGGCUACUGAGUGCAGGAUUGCAUUAUUCACUAUAAUCCUUCAUUGCAUCUAUUUUUCUUUUAUAGACGGAAUUGGUAUCAUCAGUACUGAGACCGUUAUUGUACAUAGUUUUUAUUUUUCUCUCGUUCUCCAUCAACUUUGGC